AUCACAAUUAGAUUCCUUUCUUCCAACUUUUCCAAUUUCCCUUCAUCUCCGAUCUCCCUCCUCUUCACCCCCUUUAUCUUUAUCUACGUAUAAACAACACCAUACACAUCUCUGAUUCAACCUAAUCUCGCCGCUUAACGAUGUGUCAUCUACUAGUUUUGGUGACUUCUGCAUGGCUUGUUGUGGUCGAGUGACAUAAAUGGAAGGAGAAACCUUCGUUUCAGUUCCAGUUGUACAUCCGACUUUCGUUGGGAAUUAAAUGCCUUGCUAUUCAAUGAUGAACUUGAGUGCAUCUCGCCAUCCAACCAUAUCUUACAGGCCUAUACAACCCGCCGAUUUAGAAGUUCUUGUAAAGAUUCACGGUGAUCUUUUUCCCAUCAGGUAUGAAAUUGAAUUCUUCCACAAUGUUGUCCAUGGCCGUGAUAUAGUUUCUUGGGGAGCAGUUGACCGCAAUCGUCCUAAUGGUGAAAGUGAUGAACUUAUUGGAUUUGUCACUGCAAGAAUUGUUAUGGCAAAAGAAAGUGAGAUAGAAGACAUGCUCAGGUUUGACAAAUCAAGAUCUGAUCAGACUCUAGUUUAUAUUCUGACACUAGGCGUUGUAGAGUCUUAUAGAAAUUUUGGUAUAGCCACUUCACUCAUCCGAGAGGUGAUCAAGUAUGCUUCAAAUAUGCCAAACUGCAGAGCGGUUUACCUGCAUGUAAUUUCUUACAACAAUUCUGCCAUCCAUUUAUACCAGAAAAUGUCCUUCCUCUGCAUAAGGAGGCUGCAUGCCUUCUAUUUUAUCAAUGGCCAACAUUAUGAUGCAUAUUUGUUCAUUUACUAUGUGAAUGGCGGUCGGUCUCCAUGUUCACCUUUAGAGCUUGUUACACUUCUAGUGACAUAUAUGAGGAGAGGAUUGAAGUUGGUAAGCGCAAGAGUAUGGAAGAAGGGCGAGAAGAAUGGCCCGAAACGGGUCAAAUACAGAGACAAAAGCUGCCUUCUACCAAUGACACAGGGCAAGAGAAGCAUUACAAUUGAGGGUGCUGACAGUGAUCAUGUAUAAACUUAAUUGUAAAACCUGGGGCCAGGAGGCCAUGAUUUUCAUUUCCACCCCUCUUCAGUGUUGUUUCAUUUUCAUCUUAAUUUGGUUUGAAGCGAAACAAUAAGUCUGUCAAUCUUAUAGUAUGAAUCUGAAUACUGGGGUUUGACUUCUGUAAAUUUCCUGUCGGGUGUUUUCAUAGCGACUUCACCAUAAUUUCAUAUGUUUGUUUGAUGGAUUUUGAUGAGGAAUAUGAAAGAAUACAUAAAUAUAUUGAUUG